AUGGUGACUCAUACCAACCCUGGCUCAGUGGCAAACUUCUCAUAUUGCCAUACUGACAUGAGGUUUGAGUCAGUGACCAUCAGUUUUGAUGAAGCUAUAAAAGGAUGGCAGGAAGGGUGUAGAUCAAUUGUUGGGCUUGAUGCUUGCCAUCUGAAUGGUAAAUGUGGUGGUGUGUUGAUGGCUGCAACAGGAUUAGAUGGUCAAAAUGGAUUGGUAACAUUAGGAAUCGGGGUUUACAGCUUUGAGACAAUUGAGAAUUGGAUAAUGUUUCUCACUUACUUGAGAGAUAAACUUAAUGCACAUCCAAAGCCUCUGACCUUCAUUUCAGACAGGCAGAAAGGGAUACUUGAAGGUGUUCAAGCUGUGUUCCCAGAAGCACAUCACAGAUAUUGUUGGAGGCACUUAUAUUCGAAUUUCAAGAAACAUUACAAGGGACAAAAAUUGUAUUCCUCACUAUGGAAUGCAGCAAAAUGUUACAAAAUCAAGCAUUUCCAGAAAUACAUGGAAGAGAUAAGACAGGAAAACCCCUUGGUUGUGAAGUACCUAGAAGAUGCUGGUGUUGAGUCUUGGGACAAACCAAUCUGUAAACUAUUAGACCUUUACAAUCAGAUGGUUAUGGGUCUUUUUCACAAGAGAAGGACGGAGAGUGCAACAUGGAAUCCUAAAAAAUUGGUUCCAAAAGCAAUGAAAUUGAUUAGGAAGAUGUUAAAGUUAGUUGGUGCAUUUGAUGUUCUACCAUAUGUUUUGGGAAAAUUAUAUGAGGUUGCAAAUCAUGAAGUUUACUGUUUAAAGUCAUUGAGACCAGAUUGGACAAAGUACUGCUCUAAGUAUUAUACUGUUGCUGCACACAGGGCCACAUAUGCACCAGCUAUUGCUCCAUUUACUGGAAAAGAUGACUGGCCUGAGUUGGAGGAACAUGAAAAGAUAGAGUUGCAGCCUGCUCUCAAGAUCAGGAAAACAGGAAGACCUAGAGUUAAGAGAAGGAGAGCAUGGGAUGAACCUAAAACACAGAGCAUGACUCAUUAUUGUGGCAUUUGUGGUUCAAAUGGUCAUAACAGAUCAACAUGUGAAUGUGGUGAUGUUGGUCAGAAUCUUAAGGCAAAGAGGCCAAGAACUCAAGUAGAUGGUGCUAACUUCACCAGUAGUCAAACACCUGCACCCAUUUCUGCAAAAGGUAAAGCUACAAAGAACCAGAAAAUGACUCAGGCAUUCUCAAGUGUUGGAUAUGUCCAACAAACAGUGAAGUAG